GCUGGGAGUAGUGAGGCCAUUUUGAAGUGUGGUAGGCCUCCAACGAGUUACGUUCUGCUCGGAAACCAGCUUGAGCGACCCUAGUGUGUUUGAUUAGUUGUAGACACUGAUUAUUAUCUUGAAAGUCUGCGCAAUGAAGGGGCCGUUGCUAUGGACAUUGUGCAAACUGGGCAUGUUGCUGAUUCUAGCCUCGGUGAUCUGUGGCAUGCAAGGGAAAGGUAGCGAAAUUUCCAAAAGGUCGAAUUUCGCAACCACCCGGAAGGCCGCUGCUGUCGAGUCCGGAUUCCGCAAACCGGGACGUCUUCAGCUGUCAGUGACUAGCAGGCGUCGGCGCAGUACGAACUGGCGAGGACAAGUUGCUAGCGCCGAAGCGGCUCGUGUGAAGGCAAUGGCUGCAUCACCCACACCGCACGCACAUCACCAUCAUCCGCAGGGGUGGUAUAAUUCUACGGUGGAUAGGCGGGACGAGAGCAGGCGGCCCAAAAGGAGCCGCGUGCCGGAGCUGACGAUUGCGGGCUGUGCAGUGUUUGCCGUGGUCAUCCUGGCUCUGGCAAUCCUCCUGCUGUCCGUGUGCGAUGUGCGUGUCCACUGCACGCCGUCUGGUUGUUCUGGUCGGACUCGUGAUCUGCUCAGCGCGCUGCAGAGUAGCGUGCAGAAUUCCCUGAACAUGCGCGGGACUGUGCCGUAUCGGCCCCACGGGGAACCGAUGCCAACACCUCGGGAUGAUGGCGAUGAUGGCGAGGAAAUCAUCAUGAUCGAGCGGUACAAGGUGGGCGGACAGAUGGAUCAGGAUAGCAAAGAUUCUUUGCCGACCUACCCAGCCAUGUAGGAACUUCAUGUUUAACCGUCGACGAAAGCUUGCCAGUGGAGCCCCAACACUUGUCCGUUGAGUUCAAUCGUUCACUUGUUGCGCUUGCGUUUGAAGGCUUGGUUUAUAUGGUGUAUGCCGUGGGCUUCGGACUCUGUGUUGCUGCUGUAUUUCAAACAAUUAUUGAUCAUUUCGCAAUUGAACGUGACUUCAUUUCGCCUGAAAAGCCUGCAUACUUUAAUGUCGAGUCAACAUGAUAGAACACGUGACUGAUCUAUUGCUUCAUGGUGAGUCAAAGCUACCCUUUACGUCGAUGUAUCUAACCUUGACAAGAAUAACCAAGAAAGUCAACAUUAAACGUUUACAUGUGUUUAAUAGCUGUAGUUUGUCCAACACGAAUACAAUCAUGUCGCUAUAUUAAAGCAAGAUACAUGUAUUGCUGAGUAGAAGGUGCAGCCGUUAGCACAAUACUAACUGACGUGGUACUGACGU